ACAUCUCACAGAUGCAUCACCGCUCCAGUCCAAAGCAGCAACGAAGGUGAAAUUAAAGUGAAAAUGAAAAUGGCGGGCUAAAACCAAUUUCUGUUUUUCAUUCAAAUCAAAGCGCUCUCUCUCUCUCUCUCUCUGUGUCUCUCUCUCACACACACACACUCUCUCGCAAAUGGAGAGCGAAACAGAGCAGUCUCCGAGGACGAAAAUGGAGUCCCUGAGAACGAUCUGCGAGAGGGAGGUUCCGAUCCAACAACAGAAGAUAGAUUCUUUCACGGCGUCGUUCCCUACUUCUCUUCAUUCCAUCAGGGCCCUGGCGCAGGAUACUGCCCAAAAUCAAGCUAAACUCGCGAAAAUGAAAGCUAAUUUGAGAGAAUCCGAGGAUGAGCUUGUCAAAGUUUUAGCAGUGAAGACCCGUAAAGAGGCAAAGCAGAUGGCAACGAGGGACUCAAUAUCUGCUUUGAAAGCUAGAGUAGAAAAACUUAAAAGAACUGUCCAAGUUCAAAGGGCUGGGAGGGAUGAGUAUGCAGCAAUCAUAUCUCAACAAUCUCUAGCUUUGGCAACAACUGAAGAGGAGGCAAAGCAUGAUAUUGAAGAAAAUGGAGAAAUUCAAGAAGCAAUUUCAUGGUACAACUGGGUUCUGGGUUUUCAGAUUGAAGGUGGUCACGGGGUGAAAUUCACAUUCAAUGAUAUUAACAUAAAAAAUCCAAAGCAAGAAUAUUCUUUUACCAUUCGUCAUGCAAAUGAUACCUACUCCUUGUUGGAUUGCGACAUACAAUUGGAUGGCAUCAAAGAGUUGAUUAAUGAGUUGAACAGAACAAAUGGCUUAUUCAAGUUUGUUAGGAUCAUGAGAGAGAAGUUUCAAGAAGCAGUAGCACUUGGAUUGCAGCUCCAAUACAGAAGUUUGCAUCAAGACUCUUCUACAAUCUCUAUGUCUGGUCCAGCUUUAUCAGUUUCAACUGAUAUAAGUGAAUCUUCUGCCAAGAAGAAUGAGCAUCACAUCCCACUUCGAGAAGUAAAUAGGCAAUUCAAGAAAGUCAACCACGGAAGUAAAUCUCCAGCCAAGAUAAAUGAAAAUCAAAUUCAUGAUGGAGAAGUUAAUAGACAUCCCAUUAAAGUAGCCAAAUCUGAUAUUUUAUCACCAGUUGUUCGUCGGUCCCCUCGGCUUAAGGCUAAAAAAUGAAGUUGAAGGGGAGGUUGCUUAAUAUGCUACCAUUCUUCACUGAUCUUAACUUAUGGGACAAAUGUGCAUAUAUUUCAUCGAACUUGGACGGGACAGAUUGAAGUGCUUCAGCAAACCAAGUUGUGCCACUAACCUGAUAUCUCCUGCAUCCUAGGCGUCGAUUAUAUACUUCAUUAUCUAAAUGAAGCAACAUCAGCUGACAAGUUGGGCCAAUGGUCGAAAAGCUUUAUCACUGGUAAAUGUUAGUAUUUUCCAUUGUAUCUUUUGGAUGAAUGUAUCACCAUUUUUAUCACUCUAAUCAUCUGUAUGAUUCGCAAUAUCAUCGAGUUAGACUUUAGGGUUCUAAUUUUCUUUGCAGUAGAGGAAAUUGAAAGGUGUGUA